UUUGUUUUGAUUAGAAUUUAUCCUAUUUGUUAAAAUGGCCGAAAUUCAACAAAGCGAUCAAACUAGUUCAACUAACCCUAAUCUUAAUGAUGAUUCAUUAUAUCCAAUAGCCGUAUUAAUCGAUGAGCUUAGAAAUGAAGAUGUUCAAUGUCGAUUAAAUAGUAUCAAAAAGUUAUCUACUAUAGCAUUAGCUCUGGGUCCAGAGCGAACAAGAAGCGAGUUGGUCCCAUUUUUGACAGAGGCUAUAUAUGAUGAAGAUGAAGUUUUACUAGCUUUGGCAGAACAAUUGGGCCAAUUCACAAGUCUUGUUGGUGGUCCAGAAUAUGUUCAAUGCCUUUUGCCACCACUAGAAGGCUUAGCCACAGUUGAAGAAACUAUUGUUAGAGAUAAGGCAGUAGACUCAUUAAAAAUUUUAGCAGCCUUACAUACUCCUCAAGCUCUAGAAACAUAUUUUGUUCCUUUGGUGAAGAGAUUAUCAACAGGAGAUUGGUUUACAUCAAGAACAUCUGGUUGUGGAUUAUAUGCAUGCACAUAUCCUAAAGUUUCAACCACUACUAAAACAGAAUUAAGACUAAAUUUUAGAUCUCUAGCAUCUGAUGACACACCAAUGGUUAGAAGAGCUGCAGCAGGAAAAUUAAGUGAAUUUGCUAAAGUUAUAGAACCGGAGUUCUUGACAACAGAUAUUAUACCAAUACUUACUGCAUUAUCACAAGAUGAUCAGGAUUCAGUGCGAUUGUUAACUGUAGAGCCUAGCCUGGUGGUGGCUGGCUUGCUCAGCCCUGCAGAUCGGGACAAGCUUGUGGUUCCCUUGCUUAAGCAAGCCUGCGAUGAUAAAAGUUGGAGGGUGAGGUACGUGGCUGCCGAUAAGAUAACUGACAUUCAGAAGGCUCUUUCUGGCUUUCCUAUUUCAGGUGCUGAGACUGGUUCUAAGCCAAAAGGUUCGGAAGAGUGUCACAUUAAUGCAAGUAGUGGUUUGAAUAGCAUAACCCCUCUAUUUUUGAAUCUGAUUAAAGAUGGUGAAACUGAGGUCAGAGCCUCAGCCACUAAUCAAAUAAAAGAUUUUUGUCAAAACAUUGACCCAGCCGAAAGAGAGACGUUUGUGAUAAGUCAAGUCAUACCUUGCAUACAAGAAUUAGUUAAUGAUCCACAUACUGCAGUUAAAACAGCCCUUGCUUCUGUUAUAAUGGGAUUGGCUCCCAUCCUUGGGAAAGAACACACUAUAGAACAUCUGUUGCCUUUAUUCUUGGCUCAGCUGAAGGACGAAUGCCCGGAAGUCAGACUCAACAUUAUAUCCAACAUCGAAUCCGUCAAUAAGGUUAUAGGAGUUAAACAAUUGACUCAAUCAUUGUUGCCAGCUGUGGUCGAAUUGGCGGAGGAUACGAAGUGGAGAGUUAGGCUUGCUAUAGUUGAACAUAUGCCAUUGCUCGCUAACCAUUUGGGUAAAGAGUUUUUCGACGAAAAGUUAAACAAUCUUUCUAUGUCUUGGCUCGUUGACCAUGUAUAUGCCAUAAGGGAAGCUGCCACUCAAAAUCUUAAAAAUUUGGUCGAAAAUUUCGGGAAAGAAUGGGCUCAGACGGCCAUUUUGCCCAAGCUUAACGCCUUGGCCCAGGAUAAGAAUUAUCUACAUAGGAUGACGGCUUUGUUCGCUAUAAAUGUCCUAGCCUCCUCUUUAGAUGCCGAUUUUGUGGGCAAAAAUUUAGUUCCCCUUUGCCUUCAAUUAUCAACUGACAAAGUGGCUAACGUACGUUUCAAUGUGGCCAAGACUUUUCAGAAGAUUCACUCAUCUAUCCAGCCCGACACCAUGCAAAAUCAAGUCAAACCUUGCUUGGAUAAAUUGGCUCAAGAUACAGAUUUUGACGUCAAAUAUUAUGCUUCUGAGGCUCUUUCCGCAUGUGUUGGUGGUUGAUCUUGCUACAUUUUUUUACAAAUCUAUCUCUAAACGUGGAAUCACAUAUUUAGCGAAAAACGACUUGUUCCUCCUCGUAACUACAUAUAAUAAUGUUUUUGUAAAUGUAUUAAAACAUAUUAUUUAAAUUAAUUUUAUUAUAUACCGAAUUACUUUUAAUAUCAUAUAUCACAGAAGAAUAAUAUUCACUAACAUUUCUGUUUAUGAUAAAAUGUUAUAGAUGUAUAAUAAAAAGUAAUUUAAACUAGUUGUAAACUAAGUUUUUUAUUUAUUUAUAACGUUAUAUAUGAUUAUUUCAAAAAUGACAUCGCAACGUAUAUUUGUAAUGUAAUACUCCUACCAAUCAUAUUGUCCCCUAUAUAUUUUUAAUAAUAUAAAUUCUAUUACUCUUUUAUUCAUUAUAUUGUAUACUACAAUAUGUCCGUUCUGUUCAUAAAGCUUUUCAACAAAUACAAUAAAUUUGAAAAUUAUUGGGAUCAAUGG